GGAGCUGAGAGGAUUAGAGGGAGGUAAAUCUAUGAGGAUGUGUUAUAUGAAAAAAGAAUCUAUAUUUAAUAAAAGGAAGGUGGAAGAAGAUAUAAUGAGUCAUCUGAAUAAAGGAAGAACAAGACCUAAUUUUUAAACCUCAAACUUCAAAUACUAGCCCUAAAAUAAAAUAGAAUUGUAUUUUAUAUUCAUUUUAAUGGUUUUUAUAGUGAAGUUGUAGAUGAUAGAAUGAAUUCAUUUAAAGUGUGUGUUUUAAACUUAACUGAGAUUCUGAAUAAGCAUCAUUGUGGUGGGAAAAAUAAUAUACAAAUCUUCAACACUGUCUGACCUCCUUGUGGAUGAAGCUUUCUGAAUCUCUUCAGUAAAGCACAUUCACUUUUAAAGUCUCCUAUGAUAUUUGCAUGUUGCUCUUUCAGGUUCACAGUGUUAAUGAUGUUGCCUUUCAUGUAUACCUUUGAUAUAUAAAAGAGAAUUAUGUAUUGAAAAUAUUUGGAAAUGAAUAUGCAUUUCACAAUGUUUUUCUUUUUCGUGAACAGGUAUUAUCACUGAUGACUAUCUAUCUAUGAGCUAUCUCUCUUCUAUCUCUCUUUCAUCUCUCUAUCAUCUAUCUAUCAUAUCAGAUAAAUUUUUGUGAAAAUCUAUUAUUUAAUAAAAAUACCUAUGGUUCAACAAUUGUUAAAAGAAUAUGGUUUUAAAACCAAAAGACUGAAGGACAUGCAUGCACUUGUCACUUUGUCAGAUAUAGCAUGAGCCUUGGAAUCUUGACAUCACAAUGGCCUGCCACCCUGACCACCAAAGAUCCCUCAGACUUCAGUGGUUGGUUUACCAACUGCAGUGUUCGGUUUGGUAUUUAGUGCCUAGAAGGAAAGCGAUAAUUUCAAGGACCUUGAUUGGUGCUCAAUUGCAGGCUCCACUGUAAAGGUGGAGACCUCUACCAGGAGAAUCUUGCUUUUUUUCUAUGGAAACAACUUAUUAAGGAAAACAUGAAAGGAAUUCAGCGAACCUUGCUGUGCCAAGGACCGGUGGAAAUCACGAGCUACAACAAAAGGAAGAAAAGAUAUCUAUCCUUAUUUAAUGAUGUUUUGGUUGUGUCUAGUAACCUGAAAAAGAAAAAGUUUAAGAUAAAAUACAUCUUCCCACUGAACAACCUGUGGGUUGUGAAUGAUGUAGUCCUUUUCAGGAGAAAGGAAAACUGUAGUUCCAGGACCCUUUUCCUCUCAUGUUGCGUUGAAAAUUUUUUUGCCACCUUUCGUUCGAAAGAACAGAAAGAUCAGUGGUACUAUUUUCUGAAAAGAUCCAUUCAUAAAGCCAAGAAGGGUAUCAAGAAAACUUUCUCACUGCAGAUAUUCACCGAGAAUGUCCCAACCUGUGACAGUGUACGUGAAUAUAAAUUCAAAACUGAUAGUUCAGUUCAUGACUAGCAGAGAGAGGCAAUU